AUGAGUGAUUUGAAAACGGAACCUGUGAAAGACCAAGAACCAGAACAGAAGGAUCUGGCUGAGUUUCAAACCCCAAUACCUCAGGACGCAAUCGAGACUGAAAAGAAGGAAACAAUGCCAAAAAAAAAGCGAUACAAUAAAAAGAAGGGGAAUCAGCGGAAGAACUCGAAACUGAAUACUUGGAUUUAUAUACAAAAUCUUCCUAAAGAUGUGACAGAAGAGGAGUUGAGUGAUGUGUUUAAGCGUUAUGGAAUUAUUCAGCAAAAUUUAGAUGGAUCACCGAAGGCAUUGUUUGGGUGCAGUAUCAAACUGUACAAGAAUGAGAAGGGAGAGUUGACUGGAGACGCUCGUCUUUGCUAUCUGUGUAAGGAGUCCAUCCAGUUAGCGAUCAAAAUGCAAGACGACUAUCCGUUACGCUAUGGGUGCAGGCAUCGGGAGGAAGUGACUUGUAGCGAUAAGGAAAACAUCCGAGUCAGCGAAGCUGUGUUUGAUAAAAAGGAUAAGGAGCAUGAUCAAGCUGUCAACCUGGGGGAAGAAGACGAGAAGACAAAGCGACUGCGUUGGAUGUUUAUGCAGCAGCAGAAGCAGCAGCUGAGUUGGGACGAUGAGAAAGUGGACACAAGUCGCGUGGGUCUUCGCAUUAUCGUGCUUCAAAACAUGUUUUCUCUCGCCGAAACCACGCGUUUGCUCUUUAAAAAUCGCAUGAAUGGAAGAGCCAAACUUCAAAUCGGAGCUUUACGAAGACGUGAAAAGCGGCUGCGAGGAGUUUGGAGACAUCGAGAAGAUUACGAUCUUCGACACGAAUCCGGACGGGAUCGUGUGCAUCAAGCGGAUGAAUGGACGGUACUUCGCUGGACCUUCUGGGACGGUCGCACGGAUUAUCACACACGUAUGACGGACGAGGAGGAAAACACGAAGCUGGAGAACUUUGCGCAGUGGAUUGAGGGAGAAGAGGACGAAUAG